CAUUCAUGUAAAUAGUUCUUCACCACCCAAGGCCUUGCAGUUUACUUCCUACACCACCUCUGGGGACACACAUAGAGCAGGCAUAUUAUACUAAGGAAAAUUGUUGACUUGAAUUAAAUCUGUAUUUUCAGUUGUCUGGACUUGGAGCAGUGUUCUCUUAAGGUCUUGGAGCCUGAAGGAAGCCCAAGCCUAUGUCUGCUGAAGCUAAUGGGUGAAAAAGGCUGUACAGUCACAGAGCUGAGUGACUUCCUGCAGACUAUGGAACACACUGAAGGUCUUCAGCUUCUGAGCCCCCCAGGAAUAAAGAUCACUGUGAACCCAGAAUCAAAGGCAGUCUUAGCUGGACAGUUUGUGAAACUGUGUUGCCGGGCAACUGGACAUCCUUUUGUACAAUAUCAAUGGUUCAAAAUGAAUAAAGAGAUUCCAAACGGAAAUGCGUCAGAACUUAUUUUUAACACGGUGCAUGUAAGAGAUGCGGGCUUCUAUGUCUGCCGAGUGAACAACAGCUGCACCUUUGAGUUCAGCCAGUGGUCACAGCUGGACGUGUGUGACGCCACAGAGCUAACCGAAAGCUUCCAAGGAAGUUUGGAUGGCAUCUCUGAAUCCAAGUUGCAAAUCUGUGUUGAGCCAAGGUCCCAAAAGCUGAUGCCAGGCAGCACGUUAGUCCUGCAGUGCGUUGCUGUUGGGAGCCCCAUUCCUCAUUACCAGUGGUUCAAAAAUGAAUCAGCCUUAGCACAUGAGACAAAAAAGAUAUACAUGGUGCCUUAUGUGGAUCUGGAACAUCAAGGAACCUAUUGGUGUCGUGUAUAUAAUGAUCGAGACAGUCAAGAGAGCAAGAAGGUAGAAAUCAUCAUAGGAAGCACAAGUGAGGCAGUGGAAUGCACUGAAGAUGAAUUACAUCAUCUUGGGCAUCCUGAUAAUAAAGAGCAAACAGCUGACCAGCCCUUGGCAAAGGACAAGGUUGCCCUUUUGAUAGGAAAUAUGAAUUACUGGGAGCACCCCAAGCUUAAAGCACCUUUGGUUGAUGUGUAUGAGUUGACCAACUUGUUAAGACAGCUAGAUUUCAAAGUCGUUUCACUGUUGGAUCUGACUGAAUAUGAGAUGCGUAACGCUGUGGAUGAAUUUUUACUACUUUUAGACAAAGGAGUAUAUGGUUUAUUAUAUUAUGCAGGACAUGGUUAUGAAAACUUUGGGAAUAGCUUUAUGGUUCCUGUUGAUGCUCCAAAUCCAUAUAGGUCAGAAAACUGUCUGUGUGUGCAAAAUAUACUGAAGUUGAUGCAAGAAAAAGAAACCGGACUCAAUGUAUUCUUGUUGGAUAUGUGUAGGAAAAGAAAUGACUACGAUGAUACCAUUCCAAUCUUGGAUGCCCUGAAAGUCACUGCCAACAUUGUGUUUGGAUAUGCAACGUGUCAAGGAGCUGAAGCCUUUGAAAUCCAGCAUUCUGGACUGGCAAAUGGAAUCUUCAUGAAAUUCUUAAAAGAUAGAUUAUUGGAAGACAAGAAGAUUACUGUAUUACUGGAUGAAGUUGCAGAAGAUAUGGGUAAAUGUCAUCUUACCAAAGGCAAACAGGCUCUAGAGAUUCGAAGUAGUUUAUCUGAAAAAAGAGCACUUACUGAUCCAGUACAAGGAACAGCGUAUUCUGCAGAGUCUCUGGUGCGGAACCUACAGUGGGCCAAGGCACACGAACUUCCAGAAAGUAUGUGUCUUAAAUUUCAGUGUGGUGUUCAGAUUCAAUUAGGAUUUGCGGCUGAGUUUUCCAACGUCAUGAUAAUCUACACAAGUAUAGUCCACAGACCACCCGAUAUAAUAAUGUGCGAUGCCUAUGUUACAGAUUUUCCACUUGACCUAGAUAUUGAUCCAAAAGAUGCAAAUAAAGGGACGCCGGAAGAAACCGGCAGCUAUUUAGUAUCGAAGGAGCUUCCCAAGCAUUGCCUUUAUACUAGACUCAGCUCACUGCAGAAACUAAAGGAACAUCUGAUCUUCACAGUAUGCUUAUCCUAUCAGUACUCCGGAUUGGAAGAUACCAUAGAGGAAAAGCAGGAAGUGAAUGUUGGGAAACCUCUCAUUGCUAAACUGGACAUCCAUCGAGGUUUAGGAAGGAAGACUUGCUUUCAAACUUGUAUUAUGUGCAAUGGCCCUUACCAGAGCUCUACAUCCACCUCAGCGGGAUCUGGACAUUAUCAUUCUUCUCAAGACUCAUUCCUUGGUGUUUACCACUCACAUCUGGGUAAUUCAAACAGUGUCAUGCCAUCGGAUAGCUGUCGUUGCAGCCGGACUGCAGAUACAUUUAUUUCAAGUCAUCGUACACACCAUUUUUCAUGUCAGUUUGGUAGAAGUAACGUGCCAGUUGAGACAACUGAUGAAAUACCAUUCGGCCCCUCUGAUGAGCUCAGAAUUUCUGAGAAGUGACCUUGUUUUUGAAAGUUACCGUAAUUACUAGAUGCCUCAUAUGCAACAGUCUUAUAGAAAGUGAGGUUUUGUGAAAAAGCACAUAUGUGUAUGUAGAGAGAGAAAAUAACAGCCAUUUCAUGGCAAGCUCAGGACUUUAAGAUGUUGGAAUUAUAUUAUUUAACCACAGGCUUCCUCGCCCUCCUUUCUCUUCUAAGGCUUUGUGAAUUGGCCGAUUCGUUCUGUAAGAGUAAGGUAUGGAUGUAUAUGUGUGUGUUUGUAUAUAACAAAAGUAUUGUCAUUUUGACCACUCUGAAGUAAGAACAGUGGGAAUGGCAUUAUUGGAGAAUAAGUCAUUGUAUUUUUAGAACCAGAAAAAGAACCUUGGUGAUCAUCAGGCUUAACCUAAUUUUAUCAGCAGGAGAAACAAAUUGAGGCAUCUUGUUUAAGUGAAAGCUGGCACUGAGGACCUCCAGAUUUCUGUUCCCGUGUUUAUUCCACUACACACUGCCUUCCUAAUAGAUUCUGAGACCAGUAUUAUUUUUGUAGAUCGAUUUAAAUAUAUAUAUGUAAAUAUACAUACCUGUACAUACUAGAAAUGUACAAACUUUAGUUUUUUUGCUACAAAUAUCAGUUAAGAGGUUUGUCUAUAAAUUUUGUAUAGAACAAGCUGAAAUUUUUUGGUCUAAGGUCAUGAAAGCACAUGAGAGGUGACAAAAUGUUUGUCUAUGUUAAAGCUAGACCGCAGGAAUAGUUUUCUCCUGGAUAAUCUUGGUAGCUGCCUGUCUGAAUCUUACACACAUUGGACAUGUCUUCCUUGAUAACAAGUAUUUUCUUACUGAAUUUUACUCACGUUAGGAGAUAAUCUUACUGCAUUGGUUCUACCCAGAAGCAAGUUAAAAAGGCAGCUGUCAAUAACAAAUAAAAAAUUGAAUUAGUAAUUUUAAAACAUUCCAAAAAGAAAAUCCUAGGCCCAGAUGUCUUCACUGCUGUAUUCUACAAAAUAUUUAAAGAUUAACACCAAUCCUUUACACACUCUCCCCCAAAAUAGAAGAUGUAAGAACACUUCCCACUUCAUCUUCUGAAGCCAAUAUUAUCGUAAAACAAAACCAGACAAAGACAUCACAAAGAAACUACGGACCAGUAUCUAUUAUGAAUAUACAUUAACAAAUCAUCAACAAAAUACUAGCAAAUUGAAUCUAGCAACAUAUAAAAAGGAUUAUACACCAUGACCAAGUGGGAUUUAUCUCAGGAAUGCAAGGUUGGUUUAACAUCCAAAAAUCAAGGUAAUAUGCAAAUGAUUCUCAUUAUUCACAGUAGUUAUAUUCUGUGAAGUUACCGGUAAUACUGAAUUAGUGAAUACAGAGCCAUAGCUCCUGGGGGAAGUGUGUGUAUUUACAUACAUAUCUCAAAUAGAUUAUAAUCUUAAAUCCUAAAAAUAACUUAUCCUGGUAUAUUCUGUUUUCUCUAUUUUACAAAAGACAAAGGGAGGUUCAGAAGUAUUAAGUGCCUUACCUGAGGCCACCGCACUCACAGGUGCCAGAUUGGAAUUCAAACCUGUCCAACUAGCCCCAGAGCCAGACCUUCUUGCACUGCACUGCCCUGUCCCUUGCCUUCUCCAUCAUCUGGUCAUCUCUGUAGGAGAGCGGAAACAAGAAGGUAUUGCCUUAUUUGACCUCAGCUGAGAGCACGCACAUCAGGGACCUCAGAAUCUUCACUGGUCUGCACAUGUCUGUGAAUGAUUAUAAAAGUGCUGGAAGUAUUGACUUUGGGAUUAUAAAUAAAUAGGCAAAUUUAAAAAUCA